AUGAUAUAUUUUCUUAAUUUGUUAUUAUUAUGCUUGGUGGUUGGUUUGGUUGGGGUUGCUUCUAACCCGGCGCCCUAUUUUGCUGCUUUGGGGCUAGCUAUGGCUGCAGGGGUUGGUUGUGGUAUUUUAGUAGGGCAUGGUGGGUCAUUAGUUGGUUUAAUGCUGUUUUUGAUUUAUUUAGGGGGAAUAUUAGUUGUGUUUGCAUAUUCUGCAGCUUUGGCUGCUGAGCCUUUUCCUGAGACGUGGGGGGCUGGGUCUGUUAAGACUUAUGUGCUGAUGUAUUUGUUAGGGGUGGGGGCGGCUAUGGUGUGGUUUUGAGGGGAGUAUGGGGAUUGUUGAAUUGUUGUGGAUGAGUUUAAAGAGUUUUUUGUUAUGCGCGGAGAUAUUGGAGGGGUUUCUUUAAUAUAUUUUGUUGGGGGCGGGAUGUUGGUGGUAUGUGCUUGAGUUUUAUUGUUGUGUCUUUUUGUGGUUUUGGAGUUGACCCGGGGAUUGAGCCGUGGGGCGCUUCGGGCGGUUUAA